AUGUCCUCAACCAAGAAAUACACAGCUCAAGACCUCAAAGCCUUCCUCGAUGGCUCAUUCAUCGGGGACCCCACCGAAGCGCGUUCCUUCUGUGAACAAAAUAUGAAUCCCAAACUAGUCCGGUUCGCUGCCGGAGGUGAUCGAACAGACUUCGAGCGAGCAGUGGAGAAAGUCGGGUUUUUUCGCGCAAAUUGCAAGAAAUGGGAUGCUGAGGUGAAGUUUUUCGCACAGGAUGGGAAUAAGAUUGCGGCACGGUUGAUUUUAUAUAUUGCAGUUGGGGAGGAUCCUGAAAAGAAGAUGGAGCUGAUGUUCAUGGCGGAGCUUGAUGAAGCGGGGCGUUAUUUGAACCUUUGGGAGCAAGGUACUGAUUAUCUUGGUGGCGAGGAAUAA